AUCCAUUACGACACUUACAGGCAACAGCAUUUCAAGUCCAACUUCAUCUAUUUGUAUAUAACCCGCGGUGCUCGACCCGACGAUUCUACUUUUAACGUCAUCCCCUCGCUCAAUAACCCUAAGCCUCACGAUGGAUUUCUCUGACAUCUUCCGCAUUGUUAACCUGGCGAUUGGUGCGCUCAUGAUCGCUGGUGGAAUUUCGCAGUUCUUCGGCGCCACAGUACAAUCGAUUAUCAUCGGUGUUUAUGUAAUUAUUUUUGGACUUGCCAUUGGCGCAUUGGAAUUCCAGAUCCCACCCCAGGUCUCGCGGUACGCCUCGUUCCUGUUCUCGUUCCUGGGACGCGGAAUCUUCUACAUCUUCAUCGGAACCAUCCUCUUCCACGACCACAUUCUCCGUUACAUCAUUGGUUCGAUUGUUGGCCUGGUUGGAUUGGGAUACGCCGUCCUCGAAUUUAUCCCAUCGAUUGAGCCGCCUGCCAACAUGCGCGAGGCGGAUGCCGGGUGGGGCGCAGAGCAGGUCUAGGCUGUCCUUGGCAUAUGCAAACCUCAAAUCCAAUGCUUCGAUUAAGCCACGGACAAAUACAAAACGACGCGGUGCUGGAAACGCUCGCUAUGAGAGUGAGGUUCAGGGGGUGAAAGAACUGCGCUGGAUGCACAUACAACGAGUAUGGGACUAUGUGAGGAUAUGAUAUGGUGUUGGAACUUGUGUUAACAAUUAUGAUUGUAUUAUUUGCGAGAUGCCAGGAUAGCUUUCGAGUAUUUAGAUUUACGGAUCGUCUCCGGGAGCGGAGAUCGCUGAUAUAGUUUAUGACUGUUGUGAAUAAUGAUAGUAUCAAUUUAAAAAUCCGCCGGCAUAGCCACAUCGGGGAUUUAACUAAGAGCAAGU